UAUUCAUCCUCCACUGGUUCAGUAAUGGCUCCUACUACUCCAAGACUAGUAGUUCCCAUUGAUCUGAAGAAGAAACCAAGGGAACAAAAGGUACCUCUUCACAACCGUUGGCACCCAGACAUGCCCGCAGUUGCAGAUGUUACAGAAGGUGAGAUGUUUAGAGUUGAGAUGGUGGAUUGUAUGGGAGGAUCCAUUGGAGACAAUGACAGUGCCCUUGAUGUUAAAGCCACAAAUCUCUUUGUUGCACACUAUCUCAGUGGACCCAUUCGAGUAUUGGACAAAGAGGGUGUGCCAGCUAAGCCAGGUGAUCUUCUUGCUGUAGAAAUCUGCAACUUGGGACCUCUUCCUGGAUCUGAAUGGGGUUAUACAGCAACAUUUGACAGAGAACAUGGGGGUUGUUUUCUGACUGAUCAUUUCCCUGCUGCAACCAAAGCUAUUUGGUAUUUCGAAGGGAUAUAUGCACACUCCCCUCAGAUUCCAGGUGUUCGAUUUCCUGGUAUAAUUCACCCUGGACUUAUUGGCACUGCACCAUCAAUGGAACUCCUAAAAAUAUGGAAUGAAAGGGAAAGAGAACUUGAAGAAGAAGGCCACAAGUCUAUGACACUUUCGGAGGUCCUGCACCAACGACCAUUUGCAGACCUGCCAACACCAGAAGCCUGCCUUCUCGGAAAGAUUGAAGAUGGAACACCUGAAUGGCAGAAAAUUGCAAAGGAGGCUGCAAGGACAAUUGCUGGAAGAGAAAAUGGAGGAAAUUGUGAUAUCAAGAAUCUCACUCAGGGUGAUGGUGAAGUUUCAUUCUGUGGAGCAAUAGAGAUGGAUGGAUUUCUAGAGCUUAAGUGUGAAAUCAUAAGGGGUGGAAUGCACGAGUACCUCACAUCGAUGGGUCCAACUCCUCUUCAUGUAAACCCAAUCUUUGAAAUUGGUCCUGUUGAACCAAGAUUCCCUGAGUGGUUGGUAUUUGAGGGUGUCAGUGUAGACGAGAGUGGAAAGCAACAUUACAUGGAUGCAACUGUUGCAUUCAAGCGAGCAGUACUCAAUGCCAUCGAUUAUAUCUCUAAAUUUGGAUACUCUAGAGAACAGUCCUAUCUUCUACUAUCAGCUUGCCCCUGUGAAGGAAGGAUUUCAGGAAUAGUUGAUUCUCCCAAUGCCUGUGCAACUCUUGCAAUUCCAACUGCUAUAUUUGACCAGGAUAUUCGCCCGAAAUCUGGCAAAGUACCAGUGGGACCCCGGGUGGUGAGGAAACCUGAUGUUCUGAAAUGCACUUAUGAUGGAAACUUGCCCAUCACAAAGAACCCCAGUGCCAGAGCUUAAUUGUUGUCAGAGAAACCAAGAUCUAGAAGUUCUAAUAGUUGAUUGCAUGUUUCAUACAGAAACUAUGUUUGGAUAAGAGGAUUUGCAGGAUCCUUAAAAAGCUAGAAUUAAGAGAGCUAAACCCAUCCUUGUACACUUCAAAUAAAUGGAAUCAUUCAUUCAUAGGAUAAUUAUAUACAAUAUUGUAACGUGCUUAGAUGUUGAAACUUCUGGUACUAAAAUGAUGAAUAUGGAAUGCUGAACACCUUAUACAUUUUCCUUUA